AUGGUGGGAAUGUCCCAGCUGAUAUCCACAACCCUCUCCUCCCCGGCCUCCCCUGCGUGCCCCUUCCAGAGAUGCCGGCGUAGUCAGGCCACGGCCCCCAGAAGGCUCAGAGCCGGUCGCCCGGCGGUGAUCUCCUGCGAGAGCGGACCGUCGGAGAGGGUCGACCGGCGGGAGGUGCUGCUGGGGCUGGGUGGGAUGUGCGCCGCUGGUGGCCUGGGGGUCGGCCGGCGGGGGGACGCCCUCGCGCUGCCCAUCCAGGCCCCGAACCUGUCCGAGUGCCAGACGUCGGGGACCAGCUCCGGCAACAACUGCUGCCCCCCCUACAGCGCCACCAUCCUAGACUACAAGUUCACCCCGACAGGAAAGCUGAGGGUGCGGCGGCCGGCGCACAAGGUGGACGAGGCCUACCUGGCCAAGUACAAGAAGGCGGUGGAGCUGAUGAGGGCGCUGCCGGCGGACGACCCGCGGAGCUUCGUCCAGCAGGCCAACGUGCACUGCGCUUACUGCGACGGCGCCUACGACCAGGUGGGGUUCCCCGGACUGGAGCUGCAGGUCCACGAGUCCUGGCUCUUCUUCCCCUUCCACCGCUUGUACCUCCACUUCCACGAGAGGAUCCUCGGCAAGCUCAUCGGCGAUGACAGCUUCGCCCUGCCUUUCUGGAACUGGGACGCCCCCGACGGCAUGAUCCUGCCGCGGAUCUACACCGACCCCAGCUCUUCCCUCUACGACCCGCUCCGCAACCCCGCCCACCAGCCACCGGAGGUGCUCGACAUGGACCUCGACGACGGCGAUGCCCCCACAAGGCAGAAGCAGAUCGAACGCAACCUGUCCCUCAUGUACAGGCAAAUGGUCUCCAACGCAAAGACCACCCCUUUGUUCAUGGGCUUGCCCUACCGCGCCGGCGGUAAUCUCAAACCCGGGGCCGGGUCCAUGGAGAACUCGCCCCACAGCUCCAUCCACAUCUGGGUGGGCGACCCUUCCCAGCCCGAUGGCGAGGACAUGGGCACCUUCUACGCCGCCGGUAGGGAUCCCAUCUUCUACGCCCACCACGCCAACGUCGACCGGAUGUGGCAGGUGUGGAAGAAGCUGAGCCCGAGGAACGUCGACUUCACCGACCGGGACUGGCUGGAUACGUCCUUCCUCUUCUACGACGAGGACGCCCGCCUGGUAAGGGUGAAGGUGAGGGACUGCCUCGAACCCGAGAAACUGGGGUUCACUUACCAGGAAGUAGACAUCCCGUGGAUUAAAAAGCGUGCCACGCCUCGGGCCACCCCCACAUCGGAGUCGUCUUCCACCUCCUCGUCGCCCCCGUCGAGGAAGAAGAGGAGGGCGAAGCUGCUCAAAUCCGCGGGGGGGGCAGUGACUUUCCCGCUGACGCUGUCGUCGGUGGCCUGCAUCACGGUGAAGCGGCCCAAGGUCUCACGGAGCCAAACCGACAAGGACAAGGAGGAGGAGACCCUCGUGGUGGAGGGGAUCGAAUUCAACCCCAAAAACCGCUUGAAGUUCGACGUCUACGUCGACGACACCGACGCCGGCGAAGUCAAGCCCGACGACAGCGAGUUCGCCGGCAGCUUCAUCAACGUGCCGCACGGGAGAAACCACGACAAGAAGAAGAAGAUGGAACCGGUGACGACCACCCUGCGGCUGGGGAUCACCGACCUGCUGGAGGACCUCAAGCUGGACGACGACGACGAGGUCCUCGUCACCCUCAUCCCCCGCAAGGGCAAGGGGAAGAUCAAGAUCGGAGGGAUCCGCAUAGAGCUCUCAUCCUGA